GAGGUUUGUCAAUAUGGGAGUGUACGACCUUAGUUGUAAAUUGUGAUAAUUAAACGUAAUUAUUAUACAAACAGGCUAAAUAUUUACAAUUAUUAUAACAAAUAUUUAUUUAAUAAAUUUAUCAUUUAAUUUGGGUGGAAAACAAACACAUGUAUUAAAUUUGAGAAGAUAUCACAGAGUAAAUGUCAAAGUGACAGGUUAGGUAAAUGACAGCUGGGUUAAAAAUUGUUGAAUAAAAUGAUAAAUUGGGAUAUAUCAAGCUAAGCAGUUUAUUUAAUGAAUUUAAAAUAGUAAUACAAACACGUUGUGUAUUAAUUUUAACACCAGUGUGUUUGCAGUAUAAGAAAUUCAACCCAACCCAAGACUAACCUUCAUUGACCCAACUUAACUUUUACCACAAUGGCGGAGUUAGCAGCCCUAAUAUCCAACGAAAUCCCCGAAGGGCGUCACAACCUGACCUCAAGCCACACAAACCUCGAAAGAGUCGCCGAAUACUGUGAAGCCAACUAUUUCCAAUCCGAGAACAAACGUAUGGCCCUCGAAGAGACCAAAAACUACACCACACAAUCCCUGGCCAGUGUCGCUUACCAGAUCAACACUCUGGCUUACAAUUUUUUGCAACUUCUGGACCUGCAGACGUCCCAAUUGGACGAGAUGGAAAGCCAGAUGAACCAUAUUUCGCAAACUGUUAUGAUACAUAAGGAAAAGGUUGCAAGAAGGGAAAUCGGGGUGCUGACUGCUAAUAAAGUUAGUAAUAGGCAGUAUAAGAUUAUUGCGCCUGCUAAUCCGGAGAAGCCUAUUAAGUAUGUUAGGAAACCCAUUGAUUACAGCCUUUUGGAUGAGGUCGGUCAUGGGGUACGCACUGAUCACCUUCGCCACAAGCAAAGAGGCACCAGCCAAGGCUCAAUACAAUCUAUAGGAGCCGCCAGCAUUGUUUCAGCAGCUACUUCUGCAAAUGCUGUUGGACCAGCGCCUACUACUAAACCACCAACACCUCCGCAGGCUGCCAGAGUGUCCACUGGGACCUUGGGCAAAGGUAAAAGGAUAAUUGACCAAGGUGGUACUUUGAGCAAAGGCUCCAGAGAGUACCGUACACCACCGAUUGUGGCACCACCUCAAGUACCGAGUCACUAUGCUCCAAAUUAUCCAAUGGGGCACCCAAGAAGGGAACGAGGACCUGGUUAUAGCACUUUGCCUAUGGCUGGACAACAUAACAGCAACCUGAUAUUGCCACAAGUGCCAGGAAUGGUCCACAUGUCUCAGCACGGUAUGCAACAAAAUAAUUUACCACCGCCGCCACCAUCAAGUUACCUUGAUCAUCACAAUAGUAUGCCACCACCACCGUCUCCGCUUGUGACUGAUCAAUUGGAUCAUGGAUCUCACACUUUGAACAGAAUGUCCACCGGAAGUAGGAUGGGUUCUCAAUCGCCACCUUUACCACCGCCUCCGCCUCCGGAGGAUGAACAUGCUGCUUUUGGCAGACCCAGGACUUCUGGUAUGAUGCCGAUUGUACCAGACGAGGAAGAUUUACCCGGAUGGGUUCCUAAGAACUACAUUGAGAAAGUUGUGGCAAUUUAUGACUAUUAUGCCGAUAAAGAGGACGAAUUGAGCUUCCAGGAGAGUUCUGUGGUUUAUGUUUUGAAGAAAAAUGAUGACGGCUGGUGGGAGGGUGUUAUGGAUGGAAUUACUGGACUGUUUCCAGGAAAUUAUGUCGAACCUUGUGUAUAAUAAAGGUAAAAUAUAAAUGAAAUCUAAACCGAAAUAUUAUAGACUCAUAAUUAUGAUAAAUGGAAGAGUAAUUUAAGGUAAUUUAGUUUUAGUAAAUUAAUUUUUAAUUCU